GAAAUGUGAUUGCACCCAGACCAAACGGUGUGGCCAUUGCUUUGCUGGCAGCGCGCAUAGGAACAAUUUUCUGUUGCUUAUUCUUUUUUAUCGGUUCCUUAUUAGGAAACCUAAAUUCAUCAGCCACUUGGUACCAACGUGCCCUACUUUUAAACGCAGCCAUCUCUGCACUUCGUCUUCAUCAGCGAAUUGGCCGACUUUGUGCCUCUGGAACGCCUUUCUCCUUUUCUCUCAAUAGCCUUUCUUUAUUGAUUGCUGAAGAUCCUUUCCACUAUCUGAUAUAUUCCGUCUUAUUUGUAUUUAUGGCACCAAUUACAGUCUCUUGA